GGGGAAUCCGAUCCAUUUGCGCCGAUGGAUCUGCGCUACUUGCUAAACCUCGGCGUGGACCUGGUCUUGCCAGCACCACCAGCGCCGCGACAUGAGGAGGCAGAGUUCGGAGCCUGGCUGACGGGUGCCCUGUGUCAAGGCGCUUUGGGCGAGCAGUUUCCGGAGACCUGCCGCCGUGUCAGCGAGGUCGCCUGCUCCUGGCGCAGCCGCUUUCCUUCACAUCUCUGGGCGCGGCUGGCUCGGGACAAGUGCUCCACGCUGCUGAAGGAAGCCCGGGAGGCAGUGCCCGUGGUUGCCUUCGUGGAGGAGCGCCUGAAGGAGUUGGAUCCUGCAGACGGGCCUAUUACCAUCGCAGAUCUUUGCUCCGGGCUCGGGUUCCUGGGCAUGUUCCUCUCUGAGCUUUUGCCACCGGACCGUGCCCACGCCAUUUUGCUUUUGGACCAGGCCUGGCCAAUGAAAGGCGUUGAGCCACCUAGUGGCCCCGGCAAGCGCGGACGCACGCGGCUGAACUGGGACCACAUCAACCAGCUGCCGUGGCCCAUCCAGUUGGUCACACGUCGGGCUGAUCUGAAGUUGCCCUCGACUCACGAGCAAAUCCUGUCCAGACUGCUUGAGCCAGCGCCCGGCCCUGUGAUGAUUUUGGGCAUCCACCUCUGCGGCCUCCUCUCCAUCCGCGCAGUGGAGACCUUCAAUCGCGGCCCCAAGUGUGUGGCCUUCGCGUUGAAGCCCUGCUGCCUGCCCUCUAUGCACUACGCCAAGCAGCAGGUUCGCUGGACCUUGGGCUCCCACACCUUUGGGGCCACUGAGGUGUGCGCUCGGGGCAGCUACAAUCGCAACCGCUGGAGCGGGCCAUUGAAGUCCAGCCUCGCGCCGCGCUUCCGCUGCUGGGCCGAGAACUUGCUGCGGGGUCUCGUGGCCCAAGGCAAGCGCAAGUCCCACGUCGAGCUGGUGGAAGGGCACUACCAGGACACCUACCUCUUUGCGCAGCGGCCGUUUUCGGCAGAGCGGCCCCAGGUCCUUGUGCCCACGCCAGAGGUGUCCGCUCUGGAAGCUGCCCGCAGGAUCCUGGCAUCGGAAACCGCCAACGAGACGCUGGCGGUGCCCUGCGAUGCCUCGAUGCGCCAAGUCCGCCGCCGCUAUUUGGUGCUCACAAAGAUGCUGGGCUCUUCCGAGGAUGAGGAGGGCCUUGCCGCUUUCCGGAAGAUCCGCGUCGCCUUCGAGGAGAUCCGCGCGCAGCGCGCGCUUUUCUUCGCGCGGCUCGUAGUGGCGCUGCUGUUGGCCAACGUGCAAGCAGAGAGCUGCGACGGCCGCAGGUGUCCCACCGCGGGCCAGGCCUGGCUGCAGCUGAAGGGCGCGCUGCACGCGGCGGUGGCGCCGCUGGAGCCGGAGCCGGGCUUCUUCGCGGUGCAGGGUGGCAGCGGAAUCUCCUGCCGCGGGGCGCAUGCCCAGGAUGAGGCCUCCGGGCACUUCGUGGAGAGCCAGCAGAAGACGUUGGAGGAUUGCAAGCAGCAGUGCAUUGCCUCUAAGGGCUGCAAGGGCAUCGACUUUGGCGGCAACACCUGCCGCGUGUGGACGAGGCGGCAGGGCAUCCAAAGCAGCCUCCCAGUGGAGGGCCACAACUGCCUCCGCUUCGUGGCAGAUGGCGGCGCCAUGUUGGCGUUCCUGGAGCUUGGGAAGGGAGGAUGCCGAGGUGCCCACAAAGAAGACAAGGACCCGGGCUACUUCACCAGCACUACCGCUGCCAACAUCGAGGAGUGCAAGUCCAUUUGCGUCUCCGACCCCGCGUGCCAGGGGGUGACCUAUUCGCAGCGCGGGCUUUGCGAGAUCUGGACGCGCCCAGAAGGAGUCCAUGCUUUUGCGGAGGAGGCCGAGUCCGUGUGCCUCACGAACCCCACCCCCACUCCCACGCCGAGCCCCACGCCGAGCCCCACGCCGAGCCCCACGCCGAGCCCAACACCGAGCCCCACGCCCAGCCCGCCGAGCGGGAACUGGGAAAAGCACGCAGGCUUGAAUUGCUACCAGAACCACGGUGCCGAGGGUAUCUCCGGCAAAGACCCUGUGGAGGGGCGAAUCUCCCUCGGGCAGUGCCAGCAGGAGUGCCUCCAGGAGAAGGACUGCGUUGCCAUUGUCAUGCCCAACGGCCACUCGCCUCCAACCACCUGCUGGUUACGAAAGAACGUGGACAAGACGCGAUGCCAAGCAGGCAGCCCCUACGACCUUUGGGUGCGCCCGGGUGCCUCCAUCGAGGGCGGCGGCGGCGGCAGUGGGGUGGAGACUGAGACCUGCUGCGCGGGAUACGAGGCUUGGCCCAACGUGGAUGGCGUGACCUGCGACGGCUGCACCGCCCUGGUUUUGACGGAGCCCUACGGGGGUCGUUGCGACAAGUACUGCGAGUCCUUCGGCCACGAGUGCUUCAUGGCCGCGGAGGAGGUGAACGAAGAUUGCGCGGUGAAGUACAGCAACGAUCGCUGCGACCAGCCCAUCCUGGACACCUCGGACAUGUUGUGUGGGUGCCGCCUGAAGCGUGCCUUGAACGAGCCCAAGUGCGACUGGCCGCCCCCAUCGCCGCCCACACCCCCCACGCCCCCAACGUCUGAGUGCUGCAGUCCCUUCGCAUCUUGGCCGAGCUUGGACGCUGUCACCUGCAGCGAUUGCAUGGCGCUGGUCCAGGCGGAGCCUUUCGGAGGCCGCUGCGACAGAUACUGCGAGUCCUUCGGCCACGUCUGCGUGAUGGCCGCGGAGGAGCAGGAAGAGAACUGUGAGAUCAAGUAUGAGAAGGCCUGCAACGAGGCGAUCACCGGCACCAGCGACAUCCUCUGCCGCUGCGUGAAGCCCGAUGCUCCCGAGACCUGCCCACAGAAGCCGGAGGUUCCCACGCCCUCGCCGGACAAGAGGAUCCAGGUGGUGGGUCGACAGCUGCUGGUGAACGGCGCCCCUUUGCACCUGAAAGGCGUGGCUUGGAACCCGGUGCCCAAGGGCGGGCGCCACCCGGCAGACCUGGACUUCGCAUCCUUCGUGGAGAAAGAUGCCGAGCUGAUGCAGAGCAUGGGGAUCAACGCAGUGCGAACCUAUGAGCCAAUCACGGACAAAGCCGUGCUGGACACUCUGUGGAGCAGAGGCAUUUGGGUGGUGAACAGUGUCUACAACUGGGGUGGGGCUUCGGCAGACUCCGCCGCAAAUCCCGUGAAUGCGGUGAAAGACCACCCGGCGAUCCUGAUGUGGAGCAUUGGCAAUGAGUGGAACUACAACGGCCUCUACGUGGGGAAAAGCUUCUUUGACUGUGUCAGCAUGAUCCGUGAUGUGGCUCGAGUGGUGCGCCAGCACGACACCAGCCACCCAAUCUCCUCCAUCUUCGGAGAUGUCGGCAAGCUGGAUCAAGCCUCGGAUUCCUUGCCGGAAAUCGACGUGUGGGGCGUCAACGCGUAUCGCGGGAUCAGCUUCGGAGAUCUCUUCACAUCCUUCGAGAAGGCAACUGACAAGCCCUUGUAUUUUGGAGAGUAUGGUGCAGAUGCCUUCAACGCCAAGAUCGACAGGGAAGACCAGGAGUCGCAGGCGAAGGCAACCACUCAGCUCACUGAGGAGAUCUUGAGUCAGAGCUCCGUGCUGAACCGGGGCCCCUGCAUCGGCGGCUUCAUCUUCGAGUUUGCCGACGAGUGGCACAAGGACAACGAUGGCAGCCCGGACCGCCAUGACAACGCUGGCACUGCUCCUGGGGGAGGCCCUUACCCGGAUAUGACGUUUAACGAGGAGUGGUGGGGCCUGGUCAGCAUUGACCGGGAGCGCCGGCUUGCAGUGGAUGCAUUUGCCAAGACUGCAUUGCCCAAGGCUGGAACUGGAGCAUCGGAUAUGAAUCCCUACCGCUGA